UGAGUUAACCUUGUGGCUUGUCUGGUAUUUCUGGUUACUACUUGUGUCUCUCCUCUACCCCGGUGUGUGUUGAUUAGAUUUCUUUCUGUCCUUAAGGUUAAAUCUAAUUUUUAAUUUCUCUCCUUAUUUGUUAAUUGUUAACUUAAUCAAAAGGUUAAUUUACUCAAUUUAAUUAGUAAAAAUGGUUUUCCUUUGUGCAGCACCUUCACUUCUCUCCAGAGCAAUGGUUAUGUCUGCUAACCGAGGUAUGGUUCGACCCUUAAGCUCCAUCAUCAGUGGUAGCUCUAGUUUCAGCAGUCCAGUUCAGAUGAAGCAAGAGAUGAAACCAAUGCAAACUCUUUCAUCCCUUCCUGCUCUUUCUGCAAUCAGACCAAUUCACACUAGUUCAAUCCGAAAUGACAUUGACUCCGCCGCCAAGUUCAUUGGUGCUGGAGCUGCCACCGUUGGUGUUGCUGGAUCAGGAGCUGGUAUUGGUUCAGUCUUCGGUAGUUUAAUCAUUGGUUACGCUCGUAAUCCAUCUCUCAAGGCACAACUUUUCCAAUAUGCUAUCCUUGGUUUCGCCCUUUCCGAGGCUAUGGGUCUUUUCUGUCUUAUGAUGGCCUUUUUGAUUCUUUUCGCUUUUUAAGUUAUUUACUCUCCUCAACCAGAAAAAUUAAAUACAACCUCUAGCCGAUAUAACCCAAUUUACCAUCACCAUCUUAUUAUUUUAGGGUUUACACACCAACAAUUAAGUUUAAAUCAAAAAAAGAAACUCAAAACCCAGGCCCUUUUCUCUCUCUCUCUCAAUCUCUCUCUCUUAAAAUCAAGGAUAAAACAUAAAAUAUGGAAAAAUGAGAGUAACUAAAAGUAGAGUAAAAAAUAAAUUGAAGUUGACAAUUAACCAAUAAUAAAACCAAUUGGAAAUUUA